UGCGCAUGCGUAGCCCGGCCGGGAAGUAAACCUGCAAGCCGCAUCAAACACCGGACCGGCCUGUCAAACACGAACCCGGAACGAGAAUGCUUAUUUUGUGAGGAGAACAAUGUCAUGGUGACUCGACCAGCUCCCAAACCAUCAUCGCCAAGCAGACUGACUAAAAGCGCGGACCUACUUCGCUUUAUUGUACCUGGAUGAUCCAACUGUCCACUACCACUUCCUGUUUACCCUCUGACCCUGAUUCUUAAAGGCACAGGAUGAGAUAAUCGAAAGCGAUCGAUUCUUCCAUCGUGAAAUGUGGGGGAGGUUCUCCUCACCGACACGGUCCAUGUCCAGCGACGUUGAGGAGACCCCCGACAUGGAUUACUGGUGCGAAGACUGGAUGUCCAAUUUGCCGAAGGAGCUGUUGGACGUCCCGUUGACCCACUUGGCAAUACCGGGUAGUCACGACGCAAUGAGCUACUGCCUGGACAUCUCCUCGCCCCUGGUGAGGUCUGAGUCAGACCUGUUCAAGGUGCUUGAUGGACUUUGCUGCUGCCUCACCAGGCCCACCGUUUUCAAAUGGGCCACCACGCAGGAACGCUGCAUCGAAGAUCAGCUAUCAAUGGGCAUUCGAUAUUUUGACCUGCGCGUGGCCCACAAACCCAACGACCCGUCGUCGGAGUUGUACUUUACGCACAUUUUAUACACACACGUCACCGUCUUGGACACUCUGUGGUCCGUGGCUUCCUGGCUGGAGAGUCAUCCCAAGGAGGUGGUCAUCCUGGCCUGCAGACACUUUGAGGGGCUCAGCAAUGCACUCCAUCACUUCUUCAUAUGCAACAUCAAGAAGAUCUUUGGCACUAAACUCUGUUUGCGCCAGGAAGCCGACUGGUCCCUGAGGCGUCUGUGGGCGUCGGGUCGUCAGGUUCUGCUCUCGUACGACGCCGACGUAGCCUCCCGACACGCAGACCUGCUCCCCGGCAUUCCCUACUGGUGGGCCAAUGAGCGCACGGCCUGCAGCGCCAUCAACUUCCUGGAGUGGAACAAGCAGCUCGGAAGGCCUCAGGGUUUCUUCGUGGCGGGCUUAAACCUGACUGCUUACAGGAAUUACAUCAUCACCAACCCCAAGGAGUCUUUACGCACGAUGACCUUGGCUCAGUGGAAGAGCCUAAGCGAGUGGGUGAAGCAGCAGACCCCCGGCUCGGACCCCCACAGCCUCAAUAUCAUCGCCGGGGACUUUGUGGGCCUGCUUCCCCUCUGCCCCCUCGUUGUGGAACUCAACAGGAAACUACUGACGGAUAAAAAGCAGCACACUGAAAACGGAUGCUAACAGAAUGCUCGUGGACAUUUGCACCAGCCAAUCAAGUCUGUUCGUUGAACCCUUUUUUUUAUUACUGUGUCUUAAAUCGUACUGUGAAUUGCAAAUGCAAUCGUUAGCUUGUCGUGGUGGUCACAAUAUUAGGAACAACUGAGCGUAACGUCUGUUGAUGUAUCAAGAGUUACGCAACAAUCAUUACAUUCUGCAGCCUAAGGAGUAAAAUCUUUUUUACAAUGA